AUGGAGGAAACCACAGUGUUAAUUGUAGGUGCUGGUCCUUCAGGCCUUGCAAUUUCAGCAUGCCUCACACAAAACUCUAUUUCUCAUAUAAUCCUUGAGAAAGAGGAUUGCUCUGCUUCUCUUUGGAGAAAAAACACUUAUGAUCGUUUAAAACUCCAUCUUGCUAAGGAGUUUUGCUUUCUACCAUUCAUGCCUCACCCACCUUCAAGCCCAACAUUUCUCUCCAAAGCAGACUUUGUUAAGUACAUUGACAGAUAUGUCGAGCAUUUCGACAUCAACCCUCGCUAUUGUCGUUCGGUGGAGUCUGCUUCUUAUGAGGAAGGUGGAAACAAGUGGAGGGUUGAGGCAAACAACACGAGGCAAGGGAAAAUGGAGGUUUACGAGACGAAAUUUCUCGUGAUUGCACCGGGCGAAAAUAGUGAGUGUUACAUUCCUAAUCUUCCAGGUCUUGGAAGCUUUGAAGGAGAGACUGUACACUCUAAAUACUACAAACGUGGUUCAGACUAUGAAUCCAAGAGAGUUUUGGUUGUUGGGAGUGGUAACUCAGGAAUGGAGAUUGCUUAUGAUCUCUGUAACUGGGGUGCCACCACUUCCAUUCUCAUUCGCAGCCCGAUUAAUGUGAUCUCCAAAGAAUUGAUCCAUCAAGGCAUGCGCAUGGUGAAAUAUUUGCCUGUCAAAGUUGUGGAUAAAGUCAUUACAUUCUUGGGAAGCCGAGAAUAUGGGGAUCUAACACAGUUUGGGAUUUAUCGACCCAAACAUGGACCAUUAUAUGUCAAGUACCUUACUGGGAAAUCUGCGGUCAUUGAUGUUGGAACCGUUGGAAAGAUUAAAGAGGGAGCAAUAAAGGUCAAUCCUUCAAAUAUAAAGAGAAUUGAGAAAAACAAGGUGGUCUUUGCAAACAAUAUUGAAAAAGAGUUUGAUGCGAUUGUGUUUGCUACUGGUUAUAGAAGUGUAGCUCAUAAAUGGCUUAAGGAUUACAACCAUAUUCUAAAUGAAUAUGGGAUGCCAAAAAAUGAUUACCCAAACCACUGGAAGGGAGAUCAUGGGUUGUACUGUGGAGGAUUAGCAAGAAGAGGCUUAUGGGGAGUCAAAAUGGAUGCUGAGGCUAUUGCUGAGGACAUCACCCAAUCUCUGAAGCAAGACCAUUGAUAAAUAAUUAAUC